CUUCAUCUGAAGCUCUAACGUCUAAACCGCGAAGCCCAGUGUAGAGGAUACCCAGUACCAGGCAGCUCCGAAAUCGUUGGGCUUGGGCCUAGCCGCACGGCUGCACCCCGACGAUGUGGUCGCUUCUCUCCUCGUCAAAAUUACCAACCAAACAGCCGGCGAAACGCAGAAACCCAACCAAAAACCCGUAAAACCACGGGGAAACCUCACGCGUCUUCCUCCGUCCAGCCUGUCUCCGGUCCCCCGCUCCCUAACGCCGCCAUCACCCCCCUCCCAAGUCCCAAUCUCGUCUUCCCCCACCCGUACCCGUCAAAAUUCCAUUCGCUCGAUUCUCAGGGAGGGGAAGCGGGACAGAAGGACGCCCCGGGGCCGCAAUGCGCGUCCUCGCCGUGGUCCUCCUCGCCGCGGCGUGUGCGGCGGCGGCGGCGGUGGCGUCCGGGGGCGGCGGCGGGGAGCUCCCGGAGUUCCGGGAGGCGCCGGCGUUCCGCAACGGCGCGGCCUGCGCGGGCGCGCCGACGAUCCACAUCGCGAUGACGCUGGACGCCACCUACCUGCGGGGCUCGCUCGCUGGCGUCCUCUCCGUGCUCCGCCACGCCGCCUGCCCGGAGUCCAUCACCUUCCACUUCGUCGCCUCCUCGACCUCCCCGGCGCGCCGCCUCACGGCCCUACGCCGCGCGCUGGCGGCCGCCUUCCCCACGCUCCCGGCCACCGUGCACCGCUUCGACGCCCGCCUCGUCCGCGGCAAGAUCUCCUCCUCCGUCCGCCGCGCGCUCGACCAGCCCCUCAACUACGCCCGCAUCUACCUCGCCGACCUCCUCCCGCGCUCCGUCCCCCGCGUCCUCUACCUCGACUCGGACCUCCUCGUCGUCGACGACGUCGCCCGCCUCUGGGCCACCGACCUCGGCCCCGACGCCGCCCUCGCCGCGCCCGAGUACUGCCACGCGAACUUCACCUCCUACUUCACCGACGCGUUCUGGCGACACCCCGAGUACGCAGCCGUCUUCGCCAACCGGACGCGCGUCCCCUGCUACUUCAACACCGGGGUCAUGGUCAUCGACCUGGACAGGUGGCGCGCCGGCGGGUACACCGCGAAGCUGGAGUACUGGAUGGAGGUGCAGAAGCAGGAGGCCAGGAUAUACGAGCUGGGCUCCCUCCCGCCGUUCCUCCUGGUGUUCGCCGGCGAGGUGAAGGCCGUGGAGCACCGGUGGAACCAGCACGGGCUCGGCGGCGACAACGUGGCGGGCCAGUGCCGGGAGCUGCACCCGGGCCCGGUCAGCCUGCUCCACUGGAGCGGGAAGGGGAAGCCGUGGCUGCGGCUGGACGCCGGCCGGCCGUGUCCGCUCGACGCGCUCUGGGCGCCCUACGACCUCCGCCGCCGCCGCGGCGCCCGCGACGACCUCCUCGCCGCUGUCGCCUAACAAUGCUGGGCCCACAUCGCUGGAGCGAUCCUUUUGCUCGCGUCCGAUCGGAUCAUAUUCCACGGCGCUUGGCUGCUCGCUUCGCCGCCCCACCCACGGGUGAGUGUCGGCGUUGGGGCACUGAGUCACUGACACGUUCACACUAGCCACUGCGCCUGGGUCCCUUCAUGUGUCCAUGCUGUCAGUCGUAAUGGCGUUGGUUGGAGUAGCCCCAUCGGUACUGCCAUUCAUCGGGCCCACACGUUGGUGACGGACGGGGGUUUUGGGGUGGGGGGCCGAGGUGAAAUGCAGCCAUGGGCUGUGUACAGCUGUUAUUUUGGCCUUUGAGGCAAUGGUUUAGAUUCUAUAUUAUUCUUUAUUAUUUGCUUGUUAGAUUUUUGAAUCUACUGGUCCAAUGAUAGCAAUGUAUAAUACUGCAGGCACAGUUUUAGCACCACUGGAACAAACUUUGGGAAUGUCUGAGUUAGGGUUUCUUUAAUAAGUUCGGAGGUUAGGGCUCGGGAGGUGGAAACAAGGAGUGAUGUUCUUGGGAAAACCGAUAAAGCUUGGUGUAACUUUACUUUUUUUUUUCUGUACGAGUGUAGCGCUGCUAGUUUUAAAAAUUCUUUGAGCACAGUGCAGAGCGAAAUCAGAUGUGUGAUGUCGUUUUGCUCUGAGAAGUACACAAGAAAUAAAGAAAAGGUUAACUGGA